UAAUAACAUCUUAUCUGUGAAGGCGGACUGACUCCUCACGUGAGGAAAUAGCCUCUUCCUAACAUAGCUCCUGACAUUUACUCUGUCGUCACACCAUCAAAGCACGUUUAUAUUUGGAAUCUGAUCCAAACACGCCAGCUCUCCAGAAAUACCGCAGCAGCCGCCCUCCCCGCUGACCUCAAUGUAUCACUUUCCUUUUAACAUCCUGCGUCGGAAGUCUUGAGACAGCAAAGAUGGAUGGAGCGAGCAGCUGACUCCAGUUUCAAGGAGUCCUCAGGUGUGGAGUAGGUUGCUAAGGACUCCCGGCUCCAUGGCAACAGCGGCAGAUUAGUGUGACACCAUCGACGGGCAGCGAGCCGACACAUCCAGUUUACUGCUGCAAGUUGAGAUGGUGUCUGGAAAACAAGGGAUUCAGUCCAGAUUUGGUCCAUCAAACAGCAGAAUCUUGGAGCUUUCGCAGCACAAAACCUCAAAAACAGUUUGGGCCACGACUCCUUGUGAGAGGCUGAGCUGGGGCAACCAGGAGCCGAUAUGGCCUUUGUCUGCUUCAGCGCUCGGAGCUGUUCCAAGUGCAAGAAUCCAAUACCUGGCCAAGCACAAAAGAGACUUCUCAGCAAGGGAGGACCACCGGAGGAAGGAGGAGGAGGAGGAGGAGGGGAGCUUCUUCAGGAAGACCCGGCGUCCUUCCUCCAAAGCGUCCCAAUACAAACACAUUGUCCGCUUGUCAACACCUAAAACCAGCGACUGUAGCUCCCAGGAAGCGGGGCCUCCUCACAUGCCUCAGUGUGAGAAUAACUGUCCUAUUUGGCACGUGGAUCCUAGAGUGAAAACUGCUGUGAUCACACCGCGACUGCUUCAGCUCUCCAACCCCAAACUGAACCAUCCAGACUUCCAGAGCAACAGAGAGAGCGUUGCUUCCAUCGUUUCCUUCACUUCCAGAACAACCCAAAUCUCUCAGCGACUGGCCCAGCUGUCACUUCCCCGACUGAAGGAGAGCAACGUCUGCUCCGAGCUCGGACGCCCAGAAGAGUCCAUCUGGAGCGUUUCGAAGGCGGCGAGGAGAACCACAGCGAGUGACCGCGUCGAGGUCUUGGCAACACCGAAGCAGCUUUCCAAAGACUACGUUCCUCCACGAGAACCGGAGUGGAACCGAAGAAACGUCUCGUCAACCUGAACGUCCCCUCGACAUCACAGCCAAGUCGGUGUUGAUCCAGUUUCUGAUCAACCUUCAGAUCUGAAAUAAUCUAAAAUAUAUUUCAGUAGAUGAUGAUCAUGACAGACAUUUGAUGCUCUAUUGACAGAAGCGUUCAACCUGACUAAAGACUUUCAUAUGCAGUGUUUUUCCAAGUUAUUUUGAGCUAAUAACUGUAAUAAAGCUUUUGCCCAAAUAGUUUUUAGCUCAUUUGCAGUAAAGCAGUUCAUCUGCAUAAAGAGAAGAACCCUACAUGUCACUAACUCUAAAUUAAUCAUAUAAAUUUAUAUGAGCUGUAAAAAAUGAUAGAAUCACUAUAUUGUUAGAAAGCCAAGCUGAAAGAUUAUUGAAGGCUUUAAUAUCUUUAUUCCAACUCAGUUUCAACAAUCUGGAAGAGGAAUGUGAGCGACAACGCCCGAAUCGUUCGGUCUGUUUCCUUGCAGUUCUGCUGGCUUGUCGUUUGAUAUCUUAACCACGUGUAUGAAAUGUUAAGAUUUUGGAUCGUGAUCUCAUGACUUAUGAAGUACUACGAGUUUAAAUGUCGGAUCUUUUGGCAAAAUCAGAGCAGAGAAAGUGAGUAAUGUCGGGAACAAAAACAUGCUUUCUGUCUGAUACCUCAGAUCCAGCAGCUUUCCGCCUGAGCCGCGGUAUGAUAUAGUGAUCCACGUGGGUUUUCCUCUGCAGUUGUAUUGAUUCUGCAGUUAUAUCACAACCAUGUGUGUAUGAAUCUUUGCACAAUGGCGAGGUCAGAUUUAUUCAGCGUGUAUUUUGGACUUUAAAAAGUAAAUAUUGCCUCCGUUGCCCUCUCCAUCUCUGUUUGAAGCUGUCCUCUCAGUCGCUGAGUUGAGACAGAUGUGUGCACCAUGAACAUUCGGUCACUCUUAAAAUUAAAAAAGUGCCACUUCAGGAGCAUACAUGUGCAGUUUGAGUGUUAGAAAAUGAUCAAAGCCUCUCAGGAGCUGCUUUUUCCCCUUUUUUAGAGGUCAUGACCUUUUGAAAAUACCACAAUCUGGCCGCAGUUUAGUUAACAAAAGGGCGCUGGGGUUCAGUUUGGCACAGUAAUCCCAUUUACAAUACUGUCACAUAAAAAGUGGUCUCAAUUGAUGUGUUCAGGAGCGGAGGCCCUGUACUGUAAUUCGAUGUGGCGUCCUGCAGGCGGUGGCAGCCGGUUCGAGCUUUAGAUCGGUGCAGGUUUGCGGCCCAGCUCGGGGCAAGCCAGACAUCAAAGGAGAUUGAACACACGUCCUGCUGGGAGGCUAAUCUGGGAUUAGCUUGCUGCGAUCGUGACCUGGGACCGCGAGGUAGAGGGGAGGAGGUGGUUGGGGGAGAAGAUGGAAAAAAAAAAGUGACUAAAUAAACACGAACAAAGCAGAAAAUCUGGUCAGACGUAAACAGGCGGUGACAAAAAGUCAGUUUGGUUCAUGGAGCUUGUUAGAAAAACACAUUUGUUUACAAUCUGUGUUUCUCACCAAAUAGCGUGUAUCCUUUAGGCCAAACAAACAUGUUGAAUGCAUUUCCUUUCUUGAUUGUUUUCAAAGAUUUUAUGAAUAUUGUAAAACUUCAUUGACAGUCUUUUGCUACCGCAUUACUACAUUUCCUCUUGCACAUUAUUACCACCAACCGCUUCACAUGUGUUGCAAGAAAGAGUCACUAUAACUGUUCCUGUUGUUUUGUCCGCCUGCACGGAAGGUACAUAAAGUAAGAAACUAAAUAUACUUCUUCAGGGCUGAUAAAUGUGAGGAUUUGCUACAUUUCCCUUUUUUUUUUACAAUCGUAAAUUGAAUGUCAAAUCGGGCUCUGGGAAAUUGUUAUGAACAUUUUCCGCUAUUUUCUGUCAUUUUAGAGUUUAAAGGAUUUAUGGACAGAUUAAGGUUCAAGGUUCAGUUUUGUCAUAACACAAUACAGGAUCGCACAAUGAAAUGCAGUUGAAUCCCCCUCCAUGCUACACGCACAGAAAACGCAUUCAUAUUUUCAAUUAGAAGAGAAUAAAACAAUAAAAUAGAUCA